ACUUGCAAUGAGUAAACCUAAAUGAAGGUGGACUACCGGUUCAAAAACUGUUUCGGCAGCGUCUAUUCGGGAGGCGACAUUUCAUUCGCUGGAAGUGGUGAGUCAUCGUCCACUCUCACGAGUAUUUUCGGACAUCGUCUGGUGAAGUUUGACUUGAGGCACAACGUGUGUCAUUCGGUAGACGCCGUUUCCGACCACAAUCUGACCUGCUUUGAUGUUUCUCCCAAUGGGUUCAUAACCGUGGCCAUUAAUGAGGAGGGGAAGGCGUCCGUGGUGUCCAAUCAGAGUGGAGCAACUAUUCGCUCGUUCGACUUCAGAGCACCUGUUGCCGCCGUCGCAUUCAGUCCAGACGGGACCAAGAUUGCAGUGGCCAAGAAUGACGUCAUCCUUGUCUACCACGCGCCAGGUACAGUAGCCGUCUACAAUCCCUUCAAACUGUACCGACUUCUGAGUGGGUGCUACGGGACAGUAUUGAAUAUCAAUUGGUCCCCAGAUAGCAAGCUAGUCCUCGUUGGCUGUGAAGACGCCACCUCUCGGGUAUUCGCCGCCGAGUGGAUCAAAGGCUUCUUCGCCUAUUCUCUCGGCAGUCACAAGUCGGCAGUUGUCGGAUGUUUCUUCGCCAGUUUGAUAUCUCCCGACUGUUAUACAGUAUCCAGAGAUGGCGCCGUCCACUUUUGGACCUGUUCCAAAAGCUUAAAUGAGUUCGAAAUUUACGAGCGAGGAGCUCAUUUACACGCUGUUGAUGAUUUAGAAGACGAGCGAGAUGCGAAAACUCAACACAAAAAUAACGAAGUUAAAGCUGUGUAUCCUAAUUUAGACGUCAAAUAUACGCGAGCGGCAAAACAUCGAGUAGCUGUCAGCGACCAAAGUGUCGACGUUGUUUGUUGUGAUUACCAUUGCAAAACAAAAUUGAUUGUUUUCGGUCUGUCCGAUGGCGAGUUUCAUCUUUACGAGUUGCCAGAUUUCAUCCAAAUUCAAUCUUUGAGUAUCGAUUCAAGUCAUCCAAUUACGUCGACUCGGUUCAAUAAAACGGGUGACUGGAUUGGAAUAGCAAGCGAAGUGCUGGGUCAGUUGUUGGUUUGGGAGUGGCAAAGUGAGUCGUAUAUCUUGAAGCAACAGAGCCACACAAGUCGUCAUGUCGUGACAACUGCCUCGUUUUCUCCCGACGAGCAGUCUGUUGUCACGGGCGGAAACGAUGGAAAAGUGAAACUUUGGCAGACCAAAACGUCAUUUUGCAUAGUAACAUUUUCGGAGCAUUCGUCGGCCGUUUCGUCCGUAAUCUAUUCCCAAUCUGGUAAAAUAGUUCUAAGUGCUUCUCUUGACGGAACUGUGAGAGCGUUCGAUCUGAAACGAUACAGGAAUUUCAAGACUCUAACGUCGCCCAGGCCAGCUCAGUUCACAGCGUUGGCUUGUGAUGUUUCAGUUGACAUUGUAGCAUCGUGUGCUGUUGACAUGUUCGAUAUAUUCGUUUGGUCUAUGAAAACUGGAACUAUUUUAGAAAUAUUAAGCGGACAUACCUCAGCCAUAACUUCGCUUCAGUUCACGCCGAUAACAUCGAAUCUCGUGACUGUAUCAUUAGAUGGUUACGUAAGGUCUUGGAAUGUUUCCGACUCAAAGGGAGGCGCUGAAUCUCUUCUGAUUGGCCACGAAGUCAUGGCUUUAUCUGUCAGUCCAAGUGGAGCCGAAGCUGCAAUCUCGACUUCAAAAGCAAAUCUUCAAAUCAUCGAUACUGUGAAUUUUGAGGUUCGUGAUGUGAUUGAUUGCAGACAUGACUUGGGAAUAGGUCGAGGCGUGAAAGACCAAACGACUGCGAAGUCUGCCGCGCAGUCGAGGACUUUCACGAGUUUAUGUUACUCACCUGACGGAGCUUACCUACUGGCGGCCGGACAUUCGAAAUAUGUGUGUCUGUAUUUUAUACGUCAGUCACUUUUGGUACAAAAAUUUGCGAUUUCCCAGAAUCUUUCUAUUGAUAGAAUGAACGAAAUGUUAGACCGAAGGAAAAUGACCGAGUUUGGAAAUAAAGAUUUAAUUGACAGCGGAGUUGCGCAAGAUGGUAAAGGUAAAGAGGGAGCAAUACCUUUACCCGGAGUCAAGAAUCUAGAUUUGGGUCAAAGGUCAUUCAAGGCCGAGAUAAAAGUGGACCAGAUUCAAUUCAGUCCUUCAGGGCGAAAUUGGCUCGCAGCGUGCACUGAAGGCUGUGUUUUGUACUCACUUGAUAAUAAAACUCUUUUCGAUCCUUACCAACUUACGUCUGAUAUUUCACCCCAAACAACUAAGGAGCGUCUAGCGGAGAAAAAGUACCAAAUUGCUUUGAUAUACAGUCUGAAACUGAAGGAUUUGGAACUUACGAAACAAGUCUUGGAAACGAUUCCCGCUGACCAAGUUGACUCUUUAGUGUCACUCUUGCCGACGUUAUAUGUAUUCCAAUUGGUUGGAUUUUUAGCCAAUAGGAUUUUGGUCACGCAUUUGAUCGAGUUUUAUCUUAUGUGGUGCAAAGCUAUUUUACUUUUUCACCGAGACGCUAUUAAAGAAUUGAUGCCUAAAAAUGAGCUGACUGCUUUUAAUAAAGCUCUUAUUGCGCGAUAUGAAGAACUUAAAACGAUCUGUGAGCCGGUUGGAUCCGCAUUGGAUUAUUUCAUCGCAGUUAUGAGUCUAGGAAGUAUGAAGUUAACAGACAAAAACAGAAGUUCGGAUGUAAUAAACAAUGCUGAGAAUAUUGAUGAUGUUAUGGAUGCUUUUGACGAUGAUGAUGAUGAUGAUCUUGUUGAUGAUAAUUCUGAAGAUAGCGGCAAUAUGUCGGAUAAAAGCAGUUGAUAAUUUAAGUUUGUUGUCUGGAAA